UCGACUCGACUGCUGUGCUCUCUGACCCCAGUGGCAGCGAGCGCUCAUUGCACUCGUCUCGUUUCUCUCGGGCUCCCCCUCUUCCCACAUCGAGGCUGUUCUCUCUCUCUCCUGACUCCCUCGUCUGUCGCAUUUCAGUGAGUGUGCUGGAGAGAGACCCCGGGGGUCGAAGGUUCUGCCCUGCCUGCUGCGACCUCAACCCCUCACGGCUUCCGAGAUAUCCGAUGACCGUCGUGUCUGACACAUCAGCGGACAACCCCCGAGCGGUUUUGGGCCAAAAGAGAAGAUCCAAGCCUUGGGACUAAAGGAUGCUUGUUCCCCGGAUCUGCACUGCACCGCUGUGACCUGCUCAUGUCCCAUCCGGAGGUGCCAUGGCUCGCAAAAUAUCCUCCCAGGGGAAAGUCACCAUCUCCGUGGAUGAGUACAGCUCCAACCCAACCCAGGCCUUCACCCACUACAACAUUAACCAGAGCCGCUUCCAGCCCCCUCACGUCCACAUGGUAGAGCCACUUCCCUACGAUGCACCGAAACCUGUGGGUCAUACACGUUUUGUCUGCGUCUCAGACACACACUCGAGGACAGAUGGAAUCCAGAUGCCUUUUGGCGAUGUCUUGCUUCACACAGGUGACUUCACAGAGCUCGGUCUACCAUCUGAAGUGAAGAAGUUUAAUGACUGGUUAGGCAGUCUUCCCUAUGAGUUCAAAGUUGUUAUCGCUGGAAAUCACGAACUUACCUUCGAUAAAAACUUUAUGGCGGAACUCAUGAAGCAGGAUUACUACCGUUUCCCCUCUGUGUCCAAACUGAAGACUGAGGACUUUGACGAUGUUCAGUCCCUCCUUACAAACUGUGUGUACUUACAGGACUCUGAGGUCACCAUUAAAGGAUUCAGGAUAUAUGGGACUCCGUGGACCCCGUGGUUUAAUGGAUGGGGCUUUAACUUACCUCGCGGCCAGUCUCUCCUCGAUAAGUGGAACCAGAUCCCUGAAGAUGUGGAUGUUCUUAUGACACACGGGCCUCCUCUGGGGUUCAGAGAUUGGGUUCCCAAAGAACUUCAGAGAGUUGGCUGUGUGGAACUACUCAACACCGUACAAAAGAGGGUCCGACCCAAACUCCACGCAUAUGGGGGAAUCCAUGAAGGUUACGGCAUAAUGACAGAUGGCUAUACAACAUUUAUCAACUCCUCCACAUGUACAGUCAGCUUCCAGCCUACCAAUCCUCCAAUCAUAUUUGAUCUCCCCAACCCAGGAAACUCCUGAGACUCAUUGGAGCCCCGCCCGCUUUUUUCUACAUAACUCUUCUCUACUUAAAAGUACUAGUCUUUUUGUACUGCUUGUAUUUAAAAAUGCAUGGAAAUGAAAUAUUUUUUAAAGUCGGAUUGAAGCCGACACCGUUUGAAUGAAUAUUGUAGGUGAAUUCAUAUUUGUAACUUGUUUGCAUCAGUUGCCUUUUGAUUUUCCUUUUUUAUUGGUCAGGAUCUUAAAAAGUGCAUUAUAAAGGUACUCCUAAAAGCAUCAGCAAUACUUGAUCAUGUCUGAUUUAAUAUUAAUUGUGCUUUGUAAAUUUAAUAUAACUUUAUUUAAUGUCAUGAACUCCUUGUGUGGUGUAUUGUUGAAGGGUCCAGUGAGUCUGAUAUUUAUUGCUCCAAUCAGACUUUGCACUUUUCUAAUCAAGAAGACACAUCUUUAUCUACCAGGCCAUUAAACACCAUAAGACACAUUUUUCCUCUCAACAUAAAAAACGGUGGCACAGUUUGUCAAAAGAUGGAAGUGAUUUUGUGUUGUGAAUUGAAUUUUGCAUUAUCGCUGUGCUGCUUUUGUCCUUUACGUAGUUUAGAAGAGGCUGAAUGUGCAAAUUCUCCAGAUCAUAAAGAAACCUGGUCUGGCUUUGCAUUUAGCACAUAUUAAAAGUGGACGAGAUCUUUCAAUAUGACUAUAGAAAUAUUACAAUCUGCGUCGGAGAUAAAUUUGAUACCUCCCUGAAAAGUUUCAAACCCAAUUGUUUAUCCUAGAUUUGAAAUGCCUUCACAUUCCACUGGUUUCAAAACUGGAAAAAAACAUUACACUAACCCCUUUCAUUUCUCAUUGUUGUAAUGAUGUGUAUUGUAUAUUUCACAGUGGAUCUGCAAUCGUUUGAGCACAUUUUUAAAAAAAUUUAAUUUCUGCUAUUGUAAAUGCUUUCUUUAUAUGUUUUGUGACCCUUUUUUUAUCCAUUGUGACAUUUAGCCAAGUUUAUAUGCAAAUAAAACGGCAAGAUUUGUAUCUGA